AUGUCACAAAUACAAUUGACCACGGUUAUUAACCAAUUGCAUGAGAUUAGUGGCAAGUCAUCUUACAAGUACAUGCUCAUUACUCAAGAUGAUUCCCAUCCAAACACAGAAUUGACUUUCCAUUAUUCACCUCACUUCAAUGCUAGUCAAAUUGAAGAAUUGAAAUUGUUAUUGGGAAGAUCGUCAUUGACUACCAUAAAGCCAACGUUGCUUGAUCUGUUCCCCAUUACUUUAACUAAGCGUCAGUCACCUAAUGCGUUGUUAAACCAGUAUCGUGAUUUGUUCAACUCGUUAUCGCAAUACAUAUGUAAAGAUAUUGCCAAAGCUUGGAUCAAGAUACUUGAACCUAAUAAACAAGCAUUGUUCCCCUAUCGUGACUAUAAUAAAUCCAAACCUGAUUGGUGGCCACCCAAUGUAAACCACAUCGAGCCUGAUCAUUUAGAUAAAGUUGGUAGAGUUGAAGUGUUGAUUAAUGUGUUGAGACAUCCGACAUUUGAUUUGAAAAAAGUUGAAUUGAAUCGCUAUCAAGAUAAACCAGUAUUGUUGUCAUUAUUGAAGGAAAUUUUGUAUUUGGCAUUAUAUGAACGCAUGUUUUAUAAUUUGCUUCGUCAACAAGAUGAAUUAUUUUAUUUGAUUCCGCAACACGAACAGAAAUUGUUUGAUUUGGAUCAAAUCCAUAUCAUGACUAGUGAUUUGAAACACAAAGUUAAAGCGAAUGAAGUGGUGAUGGCGAGCAAAAUUACUACAAGCGAAAUGAAUUCGUAUAUCUAUGGAUUGAAUGAAACUAAUAUCAAAGAGGAUGAAAAAGUAGAAGGUGAUGGUGGCAAUGACAAUGACGAAGAUGAUGAUUAUGGACAGAAAAAGACAAUGUUGGUGAGAUUGAGACAUAGACGUGGUGGGAGAGUUGUUAAACCUGGCUAUAAGAGAAAAGAGACCAGAGCCUCAAUUAAGUUGCAGAUUGCCAAGAUUGAACAAGAGACAAAGAAGAGAAACAUGAAGAAUGGAGUUGAGGAACUGGUAGGUAAUAUGAGCAACAAUGGUGUUGCUGAAGCACAUGCAAAUGUUGCUUCUGGUGCAGAAGCGGAAGGACUUAAUGAAAAGACACAAGGCGUUGAUCGUUUUGAGCAAUAUGUGGAUGCUGAGGUGAAGGAUGACGAUACUUCAACUGUGGAGAGAGGAGCAAAGGAUACCGAUAUGGAACAUUCAAGGACUGACUUUACUCAACUGGUUGAUGUAUAUAAGGAGGUAAUUGUAUCUAAGAAUUCAAAGGUGGUUAAGCAACGUACAGCUGAAGAUGGUGGAGAUAAAGGACCAGAUAGAUUGUCUUCACAAGAAGAGGCUAAACUCGGAUCUCCGUUCAACUACAACCCAGGUGGAGCCACCGCAUAUGGUAUAGACUACUCCACUGAUGAAGAAUACGCCGAAAAUGAAGAAGAAGCGAUUGAAGGUGAUUAUUCGGUGAGACUGGUCAAUCAACCCCAUAAUCAUAAUAGACCUAUUGAUGCAGUCAGUGCAAAUAAGACUUAUAGUAUGUUGAAGACGCCAGAGACUGGUUCAAACAAGUGUGACAUUAAUGGAGGUUACACACAGGACAAGUCAAAAAACUAUCAAUAUCUAAUCACCCCUGCAUCAAGCAGUGAUCGAAUUGCCAACUUGACUUCAACUCCAAUGACAAGACUGAAGUACUCAAAUGGAGUCACUAAGCAAGCGGAAACUGAAAAGGCACACAUUCAGAAAAACAAAGUUAACAAUGAGAGAGUUAAAGUUCAACAAUAUACCCCCAAAACCAACAAUGUAGUCAACUACACAACUCCAUAUAAUAACAUCAUUGGCCAAAUCAAUUGUCCACCGACACCGCAUCCUAGUUUUACCUUGUCAACAGACCACAUCAAGCAAGAUUUUCUCGAGUUUCAUCUGUUGCCAAUGUUGCCCAUGUUACCCAUUAUGAGUGAUGAGUUUUGUAAUAUCAAAAGCAACGUGACGGGAGUCUUGGGACAUAUAGUAUCUUCCGAUCUCUCUGCUGGUGGUUAUGGAAAUGGGAAUGGUGGGUUGGAAUCAGAUAUGACUGAUUAUGUUUCUGAUCAUUCUAGUUAUGGCGAUGGUAGCUUAGCUGAUAAGAGCGAUGAUACUGAUUACGAUAUUAUUGAUCAUGCAGUCAUUGAUCAAUGCGAUUUAACUAGUGAUGAUGGAGAUGCAGAAGAGGUUAGUUUGGUCGACAAUAAUGUGAAUGAUAUUGUUAAUGAUGGAGAUUUUAGGUGUCCGGAGGUUGUUGGAGCUUGUCAGACAAGUGUAAGUGGGUUUUAUGGCGGUGAAGUUGGUGCUUAUUGUUUAAGUUCAAACUUGGGUUUAUGA